GUUGGUGCUGGAGAAGGAGCACGAACAUGGGAAUCACAACGAUCAAGCUGCUGCACAAGGAGGCGCAGGAUAUGCGCCGGGUAAAGGUGUCGGAUCUACUUCACACGAUCGGGAAGACCGUGUCGUCGUCGGAGCACGCGUUCUCGUUUGACGAGUUGAGAGCCUACGCCUUGGACCAUGCAUUCCCCUCGUUGAAGAUGUCGGAAGUGUUUUUCUACUACUUGGACGACGAAAACGAACAAGUUCGCAUCACAAACGAAGCCGAACUCAAAGAAGGUGUGCGACUCAUGGAGACGGAAGGGUCGAUUUUUAAACUGGUCAUUUCGGGGAACCGCCAAGUCGCCGACCAAGAUGCUACCGCUGGCGUAGUGUCGUUCGAUUCCGAAUAUUCAACGGCUCUGUUUGUGGACCUCAGUCGUCUACUGGAAAGGUGGGAAGCCUCUCCGGAUCAAGCACAAAUGAAGAAGGACAUGGGGGUGCUUCUCCACGAAGCAGGUGUCCAAACGGCUCUGAUCGACAUGAUGGCCGAUGCCAAGUUUUCGGCGUCAUUUGAGAACGUAUCUGCUUUGAUCAAGACGGAAGGCUCCAUUCUGCACGGCGUGGCAGCUAUGUUUGCCGAAGGCAAAGUGCAGGAAAUCGCCAGCGUAUUGAUGGAAAAGUGUCCCCACGUGAAGGAGCUGCUGGAGAACAUUAUGCACGCCUUGCAAGUACACAUGCACGCCCAUACAUCGCCAUCAACGGGUCAAGUAGCAUUGGACAACCAAACUCCGCUUCCGCCGCUUCCUGACGAUCCAUUUGUCGUGCAUCGCGCGUUGGAGUUUGUGACGGGGCGAUUCUUCAUCGACAUUUCGUCGCUCACGAAUGAACAAUCGGGAGAGGUCAUGUUCAACUGUGGUGUCGACGGCGCGUUGCUGCGUCCGCUCAGUCGCGAAGCGCGCAUUCGUUGGAUUGCAGAAACCAUUUUAAAGCUGCAAAAGGCCAACCAGGCGCUCAAGGACGCCAAGGCGAAAAAGUUGCAGGAAGAAGCCGAGAAACAAAUCGAUACGCACGGCAUCAUGGACGCCGACGACGUCGACAAUAAACCGUCUGCGGCGUUUGUAGGGGACGUGAGCUUCCCCGACGGAUCUACAAUUCGUGCCGGUGACUCAUUCCUCAAGACGUGGCGCCUCAAGAACGACGGCAAAACGCGCUGGCCGGCCAAAUCGCGCUUGGUAUGUGUCGGCGGAGACCACUUGGAAAUCGGCGACAGCUUUGUGUCAGUGCCGAUUGUUCCUCCGGGCAAAAUGAUCGACGUAUCGGUCGAGAUGAAAGCUCCCUCCAAGCCGGCGAGAUAUACUGGUUACUGGCGCCUGUGCACGGCCGACGGCAAGCGUUAUGGACAGCGGCUCUGGGUGGACAUCUUGGUCGUGGGCAAGCCAGACCCUCCGGCCCCUUCAGCUCCCCCUGCAACCCCCACUCCUCUUGUCAAGCCCACAGUGGUGGAAAGCCAUGCUACACCUUUGUCGAACGAAGUCGUUAUUCCAGCUCCAGCUGCCACUGUGAUCCAGCGUCCUGCGGCGCCGUCGCAUUACUCGAUCCCUGCUCCAGCCCCAGUCGUGUCGCCUGCCCCUGUGGCGGCGCCAUCGCCUAGCCGAUUCCAGGACCAGCUGGACACGCUCUCGAGCAUGGGUUUCUCGAACACAACACUCAACCUGUCCCUCCUGGAGGAAUACAACGGCGACGUAUCGCUCGCAUUGAACCAUUUACUCCAAUAAGUCCAUGAAUGCAAUGCUUAUAUAAAGUGCCAGAAGUUGACGCCCUCGGUAAGGUUGAGGCUGCGGACGUUCGCUUCAAGUUCGCCGUCCGUGCGGCCCAUCGAGACACAACAAAUGAUGGGCGGCACCGCCUCGCUGAAGUGGAUGAU